AUGUUUAAUGAAACAGCUCAAUCUGUAUUCAUUGUUGAGAAGACCAUGUUCACGAAGAAAUCACGAAUAAUCUACAAUCUAUUCCGCAAAAUGUCCUCCCAAAGCAGGAACGAUUACCUGAAGCAUUUUUCCCUUUCGAACUGGAAGGCUCUACCAGCAUCACAAAAAUCUCAGCAUACGAUGUCUAACUGUAGUGCUUGUCAAGUGCAUCAUUUUGAUUUUCAGUCCCUGUUUCCAACUACUACUGCAGGCAAAUGCAAGCCACAGACGCUAAUUCGACAAGCCUUAAUGGAAAGCGAAAACAAGGGCAACAAGACGAUUAAGCCUACACAGAAAGCAAUAAAAGCAGCAGUAAAACACAUUUAUUCAAACAUUGACGCUCCCUUUCAAAACGUUUUCAAAGUUAGUUUUGCUGAAGCCCAAACUAAAGUUGCUGAGCUGGAACUACAAACAAAAAAAAGCAGAACUGAAAAGAAAUGCGAACGCAGACAGAGGGCACGUCAGGAGAAGCAAAAAGUUCAGGAGGAAUAG